CUCUAUCAAAUUCGUCAUUUAAUAAUCGUAAUAAUCGAAAUGGAGUUAUGAGAAGUUAUACAUUUACAACACCAUCUUAUAUUGAUUCCGAUUCUAAUCAAAUAUCUUCAGUUGGUACAACAACAUGCCAAUCAACACCUGAAUUAGUUUCUUCAAAUCAAUCAAUCGUUUCAACUCUUGUUAAUACAAAACAUAAUUCAUCAUUAUCAACAAGUUCAAGUAGUUUAACUGGCACAUCAAAUCCUAAUGCAACAAGCACAUCUAGUAGAACUAUUGAUGACAAAAAUGAGAUAUAUCUAUACCUUAUGUCGGAUAAAAAAAUAUCGAAACCAUCAAGUUUAAUUCGUGCAUUUACUUUUAUACAAAAUAAUGAAAAAUUAAAUUCAACUUGCAAUUUUUAUGCGAUGAGACGUUAUCAGACUGAACCACCACAUCAAUCUCAUUCUCGUCAAGUUGCCCAACGUAAAGCAAUUGCUUUACAAAUGUAUGAUACUGAAAAGUCUUAUGUUGAAGCACUUAAAAGUCUUGUUACGAAAUAUUAUUUACCAAUGAAAGAUAAAACUGUAGUUUCAAAUGAAUUAAUUAAUGAUAUUUUUUAUAAAAUACCAGAAAUUCAUAUUCAUCAUACGGCUUUUUUAUUAUCUCUAUCUCAAAAAUUAAAUCAAUGGGAUAAUAAACAAACAGUUGGAGAUAUUUUAUUACAAAUGUUUACUCGAACAUCAGUUAUUGAAACUUAUACAAGUUUUGUUAAUAAUUAUAAAACAGCUCAAAUAGCAAUUGGUUUAUGUCGAGAUAUAUCAUCAUUUAAUAAAUUUCUUGAACAACAAGCUCGUGAUCAUCAUGGUAAAUUAACAUUAAGAGAUUUAAUAAUUCAACCGGUGCAACGUAUUCCAAGAUAUGAAUUAUAUAUAAAAGAUUUUCUUAAAUGUACAAAU